AUGGAGGCUAGUGCGCUGAUAUCGAGGGCAAACAAUGCAAGCACACACACAUUCUCCAACAGCAAUCCAAAAUAUUGGAAAUUUGAUUGGUAUACACCAGUAAAGCCUAAACAAGCCCAGAGUAAUGAAAAGUCCAGCGGAGAGAAUGAUUCCGAAGAGAAGUUUAGUUUCAAGUACAAGACUUGGCUUCCAAGCGAAAAACCGGCGUGGAAACAGCUUGAGGCCGAAGUUGAAGAAAUCAUAGACCUUGAGCAGUACGACAGAACUAAACAGCCCAAGACUCUCCAGCCAGGGAGCGCUCCAGUGGUUAAUGGACAGGCAGCUGCUGACGGGCUGACUGCAGAUGACAUUAGGGGUGCGGUUGGAGGCCAAGAGACAAUGAUAGGCUUCUCGGCGUCGGAUGCAACAACAAAGAACGACACUAAACCUGCUCAAGCCAAUCACGAAGGCCCUGAUGGAAGAGUAGACCCCACUGCAAGCCUUGAUGCGAACGGCGAGCAGAAGCCUGAGUCUGAAAAAAAGGAUGCAGACGGUGAUUUAGACUUACAGUAG